CAAAAAAAAAAAGAGAGAGAGAGAGAGAGAGAGAGAAAGAGAAAAAAAGGAAAGCAAAUAAGUUAAGCAUUGUAGAUUUAUCGAAUGUCGUAUUCUUUAAAAAUAUUAAGAUGACAAUUGCACAAUUUAAACGUUACAAUCAAUGUCGCUUUCAAAUGACAUCAUCUGAGCCAUCUCAUUGGUUAAAUUCCUCUGCAGUGACUGAGUUUAUUAAUGGAGCCAUCUGUUGGCCAUUUUAAAGUUUCAGUCAACGGUUCGACGCAGAGUUCAGUUAGCCUGAACGCAAUCCCUUGCAGUCUCUAUUUGCCCGUUAAUGGGUAAUGUUGUUUCAAGUGUUAUUCGUAGUUUUGUGAUUUAUUCAGACAAUUAACCAGGAAAGAUUUGAUUUACUAAGUAUAGCCGUAGACGGGCAUAAUAAAUUACAUCUCGUGCUUUAGGUCCUUGAAAAUACUCAUACCACAUAUACAAGGAAAGAUCAGUGAAAGAUUAAAUGUAUCGAUAUGGAAAAUCAAACUAUGGAUCAAUUUUGCGGAUCCAAAUUUUGGGAUACUGAUUUAUCAUGGAACACAGAUGAUCCAGAUCUGACAGAAUGCUUUCAAAAAACUGUAUUAAUAUGGGUACCAUGUGUGUUUCUUUGGUCUUUUUCUGUUAUGGAAGCUUAUUAUAUGUUGAAUAGUAGAAGAAAAAAUAUUCCAUACACAUGGUUAUAUAUAUCUAAGCAAGUACUUACAACAAUAUUAAUUGUACUUACCAUUGUUGAUUUAGGAAGAGCUGUAUACAAAAGUUAUUAUGAGGCUGUAUACAAUGUAGAUUACUAUACUCCCUUUGUAAAGAUCAUUACUUUUAUCCUAGCAGGAAUUUUACUAUUCUAUAAUAAAAAGUAUGGAAUGCGUACAUCAGGACUACUAUUUUUGUUUUGGUUUUCGCUUGUAUUAUGCGGAAUUGUGCAAUUCAGAACUUUAUUAAGGCAAAAUUCAAAUGAAAAACCAACGUACCUGUUUGUAUCAUAUAUGAUCUAUUACAGUUUAGUAAUAUCAAUGUUCCUAUUAAAUUUCAUUGUUGAUGCAGAGCCUAAAUAUUCGGAAUAUCCAUUGAUGGAAAGACCGUGUCCAGAACAAAAUUCAUCUUUUCCAUCAAGACUUUCUUUUGCGUGGUUUGAUGCUCUGGCAUGGAAAGGUUUUAAAAAGCCUUUGGAAUCUACAGAUUUAUGGUCUAUGAAUCCUGAAGAUACGGCUUCUGAAAUUGUUCCAAAAUUUGAUAGGCAUUGGAGUAAAACUUCAAAAAAAGGAGAUAAUGUACAAAAUGCAAAAGCAUCAUUUAGAAAAUCAUCUGGUCAAGUUGAUUUUGAUAAUGAUCGUAAGAAAAAAGUUUCUUCUAUUUUACCAGCACUUUGUAAAGCUUUUGGUGCCACUUUUUUAUUUGGUGCAGUACUUAAACUUAUACAAGAUAUUAUGACUUUUAUUAGCCCACAAUUAUUAAAAUUACUUAUUAGAUUUGUAAGCGGUGGCGAACCAUUGUGGAAGGGCUAUUUUUAUGCAAUUUUACUCUUAAUUACAGCUACACUUCAAACUCUAGUAUUAUCACAGUACUUUCAUCGUAUGUUUUUAGUUGGAUUACGUAUACGAACUGCACUGAUAACAGCUAUUUAUAGAAAAGCAUUGAGAAUGUCAAAUUCUGCCAGAAAAGAAUCAACACUGGGUGAAAUAGUAAAUUUAAUGUCCGUUGAUGCACAAAGAUUCAUGGAUUUGACAGCAUAUAUAAAUAUGAUUUGGUCUGCGCCAUUACAAAUUAUUUUAGCACUAACCUUUUUAUGGGAGAAAUUAGGUCCAGCUGUACUUGCUGGAUUAGCUGUUAUGAUUGUUCUUAUUCCUAUAAAUGCGUUAAUUGCAAAUAAAGUAAAAACAUUACAAAUUCGACAAAUGAAAGACAAAGAUGAGAGAGUUAAAUUAAUGAAUGAAGUUCUUAAUGGAAUAAAAGUAUUAAAAUUAUAUGCUUGGGAGCCAUCUUUUGAAGAACAAAUACUACGCAUUAGAAGGAAAGAAAUACAAGUAUUAAAAGAAGCAGCAUAUCUAAACGCAGGAACAAGUUUUAUUUGGUCUUGUGCGCCAUUUUUGGUUUCAUUGGUAUCCUUCGCUACUUAUGUACUUAUAGACAAAAAUAAUGUCUUGGAUAGUGAGACUGCAUUUGUUUCGCUUAGUUUAUUCAAUAUUUUACGAUUUCCUCUUUCUAUGUUACCAAUGAUGAUAGGUAAUAUAGUUCAGGCUUAUGUUUCCAUUAAACGUAUCAACAAUUUCAUGAACACAGAGGAACUUGAUCCUAAUAAUGUACAUCAUGAUCAAUCUGAAUUACAUCCAUUAAUUAUUGAGAAUGGCAGUUUUGCUUGGGAUAUGGAAAGUAGUGAUAAACCAAUCUUAAAAAAUAUCAAUAUGAAUAUAGAACAAGGCCAGUUAGUAGCAGUAGUUGGAUCAGUUGGAUCUGGAAAGAGUUCUUUAAUAUCAGCUUUUCUUGGGGAAAUGGAAAAAUUAAAUGGUCGUGUUAAUACAAAAGGUUCUAUUGCAUAUGUUUCUCAACAAGCCUGGAUACAAAAUGCAACUUUGCAAGAUAACGUUUUGUUCGGAAAACCUUUAAACAAAGCUUUAUAUAAUCGAGUUAUAGAUGCAUGUAUGUUAGGUCCAGAUCUUCAAAUGUUGCCUGCAGGAGAUCAAACAGAAAUUGGUGAAAAGGGUAUAAACUUAUCUGGAGGUCAAAAACAAAGAGUUGCUUUAGCCAGAGCAGUAUAUAAUGAAUCAGAUAUAUAUUUCUUGGAUGAUCCUUUAAGUGCUGUAGAUGCUCAUGUGGGAAAACAUAUUUUUGAAAAUGUGGUAGGCCCUAGUGGUCUGUUAAAGAAAAAGACAAGGGUACACAUUACACAUGACAUUGUCUAUCUACCUGAGGUUGACAAUAUCUUUGUUCUUAAAGAUGGUGAAAUAACAGAAAGUGGAACUUACAAACAGCUUAUGGACAAAAGGGGUGCUUUUGCUGAAUUUCUAAUGCAACAUUUACAAGAAGUUGGAAAUCUGCACACUGAUGAUGGUUCGGAUCCAGAUUUACAUGAAAUUAAGCAGCAAUUGGAAUCAAAAAUGGGUACACAAGAAUUACAAGAAAAAUUAACACGUGCUAGGUCAAGAAUUUCAGAAAGUCAAAGUGAAUCAGGCUCUAUAACUGAUAGAAGAUCAUUAAAUGGUUCUUUGAAAAGGCAAUAUUCUACAGAAAGUCAGCAGUCUGGAAACUAUCUAACUGGAAAUAAUAUAAAGGAAAAAGGUGUAUUACAGCCAAAGAUAGGUGAAAAAUUAAUUGAAGUAGAGAAGGCUGAAACUGGCAGUGUAAAAUGGAAAGUGUAUUCUCACUAUUUAAAAUCUAUUGGAUGGUUCCUAUCUAUAUCUACAAUAGUUAUGAAUGCUGUUUUCCAAUCAUUCAGUAUUGGAUCAAAUAUUUGGCUGAGUGCAUGGUCAAAUGAUAAUAUGACUUCUGCGGAUGGUAAAUCCAUAAAUGAUGAAGCAAAACGAGACAUGUAUCUUGGAGUAUAUGGAGCUCUUGGUCUUGGACAAGCGACUUUUGUGAUGCUUGCACAGCUGGCGUUGGUUAUUGGCUGUUUAAGGAGCAGUAAAUUGCUGCAUUCAGAAUUGUUAUUUGCCACACUGCGAUCACCUGUCGGAUUCUUUGAUACUACUCCAUCUGGCAGAAUAUUAAAUCGUUUUGGAAAGGACGUUGAUGUAAUAGACAACGUUCUGCCACCAAAUAUUAGGGCCUGGUUAUUUUGUCUAGCGUCGGUAAUAGCAACUCUCUUCGUUAUCAGCUUCAGUACUCCAGAAUUUGUUUCUGUGAUCAUACCAAUAGGACUAAUUUAUUACUUCAUACAGCGCUUCUAUGUCGCUACUUCGCGACAAUUGAAACGUUUGGAAUCUAUAUCAAGAUCUCCUAUAUAUUCACAUUUUAGUGAAUCUGUAACUGGAGCUCAAACAAUUAGAGCAUUUGGUGUCCAGGAUAGAUUUAUACAUGAAUCAGAAAGCAAAGUAGAUUUUAAUCAAGUUUGUUAUUAUCCUGGUAUAAUUGCAAAUAGAUGGCUUGCGAUACGAUUGGAAAUGGUUGGAAAUUUAAUUAUAUUCUUUGCUGCAUUAUUUGUUGUAUUAGGAAGGAAUACUAUUAGUGCUGGUAUUGUUGGAUUAUCCGUCAGUUAUGCUUUACAGAUUACACAAACUUUAAAUUGGCUUGUACGUAUGACUUCUGAUGUAGAAACAAAUAUUGUAGCAGUAGAGAGAAUAAAAGAAUAUGGUGAAACUCCUCAAGAAGCACCUUGGGUAAAUCCUGAGAAUGUUCCUCCAAAAGAAUGGCCUGCAGAAGGUUAUGUUGAAUUUAAGGAUUACAAAGUCCGUUAUAGAGAAGGAUUAGAUCUUAUUCUCCAUGGUUUAACAUUUUCUGUUAAGGGAGGAGAAAAAGUCGGCAUUGUUGGUAGAACUGGUGCUGGCAAAUCUUCCUUAACACUAUCUUUAUUUAGAAUACUUGAAGCAGCAAGUGGCAAAAUCAUUAUUGAUGGUAUUGAUAUUGCUACUUUAGGUCUUCAUGAUCUUAGAACUAAAUUAACAAUAAUACCACAAGAUCCAGUAUUAUUUUCGGGAACUUUAAGAAUGAAUUUAGAUCCUUUCGAUCAACAUACAGAUGAUGAAGUAUGGAGAGCAUUGGAGCGCGCUCAUCUUAAAUCUUUUGUUCAAAAUUUAUUCAAUGGUUUGCUUCAUGAAGUAUCUGAAGGAGGUGACAAUCUCAGUGUGGGCCAACGACAACUGAUAUGUCUAGCACGAGCCCUUCUUCGUAAAACCAAAGUUCUCGUAUUAGAUGAAGCAACAGCUGCAGUUGAUUUAGAAACUGAUGAUUUAAUUCAAAGAACAAUUAGGGAAGAUUUUAAGGAUUGCACAGUUUUAACAAUAGCACAUAGGCUUAAUACAAUUCUUGACUCUGAUAAAGUUAUUCUACUAGAUAAAGGACUCAUUAUUGAAUAUGAUUCUCCCGAGGUGCUACUUCGAAAUUCAUCCAGUGCAUUUUAUAGUAUGGCAAAAGAUGCAGGGCUGGUAGCUUAAUAAUUACAUAUACAUCACAAUAAUUUGAUAGACUAUCAAACAAAUAAAACAGAGGUUUUAUUAAAUAAAUCCUCCAAUCAAAGAAAGAAAAUGCAUUGAUAAAAAGCUGUGAACAAAUUAUAAUCAUUAUAAUUUACAAUAUACUAUUAUCUAUAUAUAGAUACAUUCAAAAUAUUUUUUAAGGAAAAUUUAACAUCAUACUUAAUCAAUGUCAAGCACAGCUUAAUUUUUUAAAUAGUUUAGAUACAUGUUUGUUAUUUAAAAUUACUGCCAUUUUUAGUAGUGCAUGAUGCACUUAAUGGAAAAAAAAUCUACUUAUAGAAACAAUUAUUGCUACAACAUUUUUCCUAUUUUAGCACAAAAGAUAAUUAUUUCUAGAAUUAAUAUUAUUUAUUAUUUAUGUGUUUACCAAUUUUUUUUUGCAGCUAAUUUCUAAGAAAAGUUUCAACAUUGAAUUUGAAGCAGAAUUAAUUCCACCAACAUACGUAAAUAAUAUAAAAUUCUGUUAUGUAAAUUAAAGUUCAUCUGUCAAAUUACUUAUAUAUAAAAAAAAAAAAAAAAAAAAAAAAAAGUU